AUGGAAGGCUAUUUCAAUAGAAUUUGGAAAGGGAAGGAAAUCGACAAAAUAGCCCAAGUGAAUCGUGGAGUGUUCGUAGUAAGGUUCACAAAUGUGGAUGACAGAGAAAAUGUUGUAGAAGAGGGAGUGAAAAUGUUUGAUAGAAAACCUAUUGUAGUAAAGCCAUGGAAAGCAGAUUGUGAUGUUACAAAAGAUAAGGUAUACAGGAUACCAAUAUGGAUAAGGCUAGUAGGACUGGAUGUCAAAUACUGGGGGAAGAAUUCCCUGACUAAGAUUACAAGCCUGAUUGGGACUCCUCUAAAGGCAGACAAAGCAAUGACUAACAGAGACAAAAUGACAUAUGCAAGAGUAUUAGUGGAAAUUCCCUUGAAUCAAGAGUAUCCAACUAGUGUGAUGUUUGAAAAUGAGUAUGGAAGGAUUGUUGAGCAAAAAGUAGAGUAUGAAUGGAAGCCUGUGUUAUGUGCGAAAUGCAAGAACUUUGGCCAUGACAUAAUGAACUGUAGGAAGCAACAAAGAGAAGAAAUAGCAAAAAUGGGCCAAGGACCAGGAAAUCAGAUAACACGGGUAAAAGGAAUAAAAGCAGAGCAAAAUGCAGAGCAAGGAAAGAGGAAGGAAUGGAAUGGUAAGCAAUUACCAACCCCACAGAAAAGUAGAUAUGAGAAAGGUGGUACAACAACAAGCAAUUCAUUUGUCAGUUUAAACAUAGCAGAAGCAGGGGAGAGCCUAGAGAUUACUAGACAAGAUGUUCAAAACAGCAGUAGGAGAGGUACAUGCCCUGGAUAUGGUACGAGUGAGGGAAACCUCAACCCCAAUGGAAAGGAUUGGAUUUUAGAAUACAAGGGGUUCAAAUAG